AACGAAAUAACAACAACUACUAACGCGAAUGGGGUGUACGAUACGACAACGAUUUCAAGUACGCCGUCUGGCACGGAUUUGAACUACACUAUGGUAGCUGACGAUGCCGACGGUAAAACCACGGAGAACGUUAUCGUCAAUUCGCCAAAAUCGACUAACAAGGAAUACAGUAGUUCCACUGAGCCGACUUCGACGAACGACUACAAUCAGACAAAACUUGGGGAAUCGUCUACGAGGACACAAUCACCAAGUACAACUCCCAUUACGAUUCAGAAAAACGGACCGACAACAACUCCGAAACACUCUACAGAGAACGUGACUGACAAUUCGCCAAAUCAGACAACACCGAAAAAUGGUUACAAUCUGUCACAUAAAAAUUACAGUUUCACCGAGCGGAUUCUGACAAAACCUAAGAUAUUCGAUAUUACGGUUGUUACUAUGAGAAAUAAACAGAAAAAGUUUCCAUUUCUGGACCCCAUUUCGUCUAUUUUGGCUAAUAGGGAACUACCUACAAGGUAUAUAAUUGACAAUCUAUAAAAAUAUUAUUAUAA